GACGCGGCGCGCAGGCGCAGACAGCGUGCGCGGGCGGAAUGGGGACUGCAGCGGCGGCAGCUGCGGCCGGGGAGGGGGCGCGCAGCCCGAGCCCCGCCGCCGUGUCGCUCGGCCUGGGCGUGGCUGUGGUGUCGAGCCUGGUGAACGGGUCCACGUUUGUGCUGCAGAAGAAGGGCAUUGUGCGCGCCAAGCGGCGAGGUACCUCCUAUUUAACAGACAUCGUGUGGUGGGCAGGCACAAUUGCAAUGGCUGUCGGCCAGAUCGGAAACUUCUUGGCUUACACGGCGGUCCCCACGGUCCUGGUGACUCCCCUGGGUGCCCUUGGAGUGCCGUUUGGGUCCAUUUUAGCUUCUUACCUUCUGAAGGAAAAGCUCAACAUCUUGGGCAAGUUGGGGUGUCUGCUCAGCUGUGCAGGUUCUGUCGUGCUGAUUAUCCACUCCCCGAAAUCCGAAAGCGUGACCACCCAGGCCGAGCUGGAGGAGAAGCUUACCAACCCAGUGUUUGUGGGCUACCUCUGCAUCGUGCUGCUCAUGCUACUGCUCCUGAUCUUCUGGAUUGCGCCAGCCCACGGGCCCACCAACAUAAUGGUCUACAUCAGCAUCUGCUCCCUGCUGGGGAGCUUUACCGUGCCUUCCACCAAGGGCAUCGGGCUGGCGGCCCAGGACAUCCUGCACAACAACCCGUCCAGUCGGCGCGCCCUGUGCCUGUGCCUGGGGCUGCUGGCCGUGCUCGGCUGCAGUAUCAUCGUUCAGUUCAGGUACAUCAACAAGGCGCUCGAGUGCUUCGACUCGUCCGUGUUUGGGGCCAUCUACUACGUGGUGUUCACCACACUCGUCCUGCUGGCCUCCGCCAUCCUCUUCCGGGAGUGGAGCAAUGUGGGGCUGGUGGACUUCCUGGGGAUGGCCUGUGGGUUCACCACGGUCUCUGUCGGCAUUGUCCUGAUACAGGUGUUCAAAGAGUUCAAUUUCAACCUUGGGGAGAUGAACAAAUCAAAUAUGAAAACAGACUAGGAUGCAACGAGGUGUUGGGUGGCUCGAGGGACAGGGAAUAGAUGUGACUUCUGGUCCUAACUUGAUGUAAAGUAGAGGGGACCUUAAAUUACUGACACUAGUGUUGCUUGUACGUUAGCAGGUGGCCUGGUGGAGAAUAGGGGGCACUGCUCAGCACCGGGGCAGUUGAGCUCUGCAGACUGAAAAUGGUUGCCUAGAGUCAUCUCUCUCUGAUGAGAGCAGUCUCUCGGUCAUUGCCAUUAACUUGGAAGCUUUCAUGAAUACUCUCCAUUCUAAACAUUUUAACGUUAUUUACAUAGAAAAUAAAGAUGGGCUCUUUCUAGUAAGCCUUUGCAGGAGAGCAAGUAUUCUUACUUAGAAAGAUUCCUUUGGAAAUUGGAGAAACUGUCUUGAAAUCUGACUCUGUAUAGUAAACGUAUCCGUAGUUGUGUUCUUUGGCAUUAAGCCUGUAUAACCUCAUUCAAAUAAGAGGUAUCUACAUUUAAUUGUUUUUAAUCCUCUAAUGAGCUGACUGUCCCCGUCCAAGACAUGUUAAUUGCAAAUAGAGAAGGGUACGUGGGCAUGAUGCAGAACUCCGUUUACAAGCGGACUUCUGAUAGCUCAAAUCAAUUUCAGUGCCUUUACCACUUGAACUAUUCACUUAAUUUGACUAUUACUGUAUGUGUGUGCUCUUAGCACAGAAUAACACAACCUCCUUGAUUAUACUUUAAUAUUUCACUAUUCAAAAUAUAAAUGUGUAAAGCAGUUAGAAAUAUGGUAUAUUCAUUUGUUGGAAGAGAGUCGAGACUAAAGACAAAUUAGAAAAAUCAACCCUAUUAGCAUAGAGUUAUUGUCCAACUAAAGACAAUGGACUUAAGUAGCAUGAGGUAUUUUAUUUGCAUUCACUCUAUGUAACGAUGUCAAAUACAUCCACGUUCUCUUUUAGUGAACAUUGUGGCCACUCCGAAGAAAUAAAUUAUUUAACUGGAUAAUAAGACUUAGAUGUGUGAGCAACUGUUCUACAGCACACAUAUCGAGUUCCCCGUAAUACAGGGACAAGGGACAGCAUCAGGCUUAGGCGAGUAAAAUUGGGACACACACGGUGAGUUUCAAAAGAAUUUCUAGCAAAAAUGAAAACAAUUUAGCCAUUUCUCUGUUGUUUGAGAUGGCAGAAUACCCAGCAAUUACCCAACGUCUCAUUAAACUUCUGAAUGCAAAAUAGCCAUUAAUUAUGCUGGUAUUUGGACAGAAGAGCUCAUCCGUCUGUCUACAGUAAAUCUUCCAUGUGUAUUAAAUAGGAGCAAAGCACAAAGUGAUGUGAAGAUUUCAUCAGGAUAGCGCAUCCUUCGUGUACAGUGUUUAAUCCGAACAGCAAGCGGAGCCAAGGUGAAAGGUGGGCUUGGGUCAAGUAGCUUCAGUGAAGUAGCACAUGGACUUGAAUCAUCCCCAAAGUUACUCAGUAAAGAAAAAAAAAAUGUGGUUUUCCAGCUAAAAAGAACAUUUCUAAAGACCGAAGGAACAAGGAGGCUAAAUCACCCAAGGAUAGUUUACACAGUGAAGAACCUUUAUGAAUUAAAAAUGCAUUUGAUGGUAAGGGGUUGUCAUGAUUUGCGAACUGAUAGCAGCAACAAACCUAUUUUCACAAAUUUUUAAAUCUUACAUUAACUGAUAGUUUAUAAAUGCUCAAAAAGUUCCUCACUCUUUUUAUCGGCUCUUGAAGAUUUGGUUUUUUUUUUUAUCAUCAAUAUUUUUAGGAAUGCAGGCCUUAACUUAUUGAACUGACCUUCUGAAAAUAUAAUGUAGCAAUAUCAGUAUACUUUUAGGCAUAAAAAUAGUUUCCUAGGAAAGGAGUUUGAGAUCUGGAAAGAAUAAAGGUGGCUUUACAAGUAUACUGAGAAAGUUUGUGUCAUGUGGAAAUUGUCAUGUUUAUUUUGUUACAGCUGACCUGUGAAACUUAGUUUAAAUGCCUCUAUUGGUGUUCCUUAUUAUAUUUUCAUUUAAAGUCAUACUAUGGACACUCAGGGGAGACAUUUUCUGGAUGAUCGUCCCUAUGAUUUUUUUUAGAGUAAAACAAAAUCUCAAAGUAUUAAUAACACCUCCUGGAGGUGACUGGCCCAAGAGCAGUAGGCUGUCCCAGGGUGACAUCUGUCAGCAGGUGUCACGGGUGGACGUGCCGCUCCUUGUAGUGGAACCAAGUUCACUUCAUCCAGUUACUCUAGCCUCAAAGUAAGUGACAUGACCAGCAGCUUGACAGCCUAAUUUACAAGUUUGACAGAGAGCACAGAACUUCGGAUUUCAUAGGAUUUAUUUUACAAAUUCACGUAUUCAGAAUUCAUUUCAAAUUGCAAAGAAAAAGCCUCAAAGUGCGAGUUUUAGGGGAGGGAUGGGUCUCUUACUGGCCUCUGCAGCAGUAAAUACAUAUGAGACACUUUCAUUACUAGACUAUGCUUUGGGUUUUAUCUCUGAUAAAACUGAGGGGGAAAUCCCUGCUGCCUACUCGUCUUCAAGUCUCUAAAAGCAUGUUUGUGAUCACAGUUUGCGGAUUUACUCUGGACAGAUACAUAAAUAGGCCUUUUCUCGCCUCUCCUACUUGGAUGCCCUGUUUUCUCAUCUGAAUCUGCAUUUAGAAAGAUUGCUCACUGAUCCACUGUAGAGCCCGCUAAGGAUUCUACCCUCGCCAGCAGCGAGGCCACCCUGCCAUUUUGCUGUUCUACAGAGAAGGUUCUGGAGAAGCAGGGUGGCUGGCUACCUGCCACACGUGUAGUGAGAACUGCCCACAGAUGGGACCCUGGGGACAGGUCAUCAUGGCCUUUUUACUUUAGAAUGUUAGUGAAAUAUACUUCUUCGCUGCUCUUGGUUCAGCAAUAAUAAAUACUCUUUCAGUUCCUACUUAUCAGGCCAAUUCAUUAUACUCAGUUUUAUUUCCAGAAGUCAAUUCCAGGAGCAGUAGGUUGAUCAUUUUUUUCUCUGGGUUUCAUGUCUGAUAGCAGAGAUUCCUGUUAACAUAUGCAGUCACCCCUCAUCCUCCUUGUUCUGCGACAGCUCCGCUCUCUGUAAAUAUGAGCUCACUUCUGGGCCACUUCUAGUCGGUUCUAAAGCACGUGAGAUACACUCAGUGUCUCCCAGGUGUGGAUGAGCAGCUCAGUCCGCGGAGACUGGGGUGGCCCUGAGCAUGGGCCCCUGCUGUGCUGGGAGGUGACCCCUCUUUUCCAAGCCAUUCAGCUAAUCCCCAGUCUGCAGAGCCCCGUCCUGCUCUUUUUCCUGUGGGCUUGGCCCUGACUUAGGCUUCCUGUGACUGAGCAGGACUGAAGAGAAGAAUGGGUCGGUUUAGCUCUGUUCACGGCUGUCCGAUUGGCUCCAGUGGUUGGAAGGUGUCCUCACUGUUUGCCACCAAGGACACAGGUCACCCAUCAAGCAGGACUAGAUGGAUUAGAGGGAACGUUGGUGUUCUGCCUUCUCAGGGACCAAAAACGUAGCAUUGACUCCGUAGCACUGACCUUGCUCCCAGGAACAUGUCCAUGUUUUUUGUAUGUUUCACUCAUAGCUGGAGGUCUGUUGAGUUGGAAAGAGGAAAGAUCAGCCCACAUACCAGUCAUACCAUAGAACAGUUUAUUAUAUAAAAUACCUCAGUUUUCUGUAUUCUUCACUCCCGCCUCACAUUUGUACUGGCGAUGAAUAUUAAGGGUCUGCCCUUUAGCUUCUAGGUGAUUUUUCACAUCUGCCCAGAUUCUUAUACCUCCACCAUAUACUUGAAAAGGUUAAGAAUGAUAGUGACAGAAUCAGAAUUUGGCUCAAUGUCACCACACGCUUAUUUUCAUACACAUUUAUCACAUGCUAUUAAAUGCAACAAGAGUUAUAUUUUAAGAAAAUGUAACUUCAUGUUACAUCAAAAACAUGGUCCAGCUAAAAGUUGAUACUCGAUAGAAUAAGGACCAUGUAAAUAAACAUCUGUUUCAAAUGUACCCAAUUUGAUAAAAGGCAGAGUCUACGGCCCAGUGCAUGACUGGGGAGAAGGAUUUAUUUGUUUUCUCUAUUUUUUCUUGAAUUGUGCAACUUAUAGGUGAGUCACUUAACCCUUCUGUGCCUCAGUUUCUCUACCUCUAAAGGGGUGGGAUGGUUCUCCAGCUCGACUGUUGUAGGGUAUUCGCACGUUAGCAUGUGCCAGAAGCCUCAGGUGACAAUGUCAUGCGCAGGACUGCUUGGGAGUGAUGCAAUGGGAGCUCAGCUCGCUCUGGGCCCCGUCUGCUCAGGACUGUGCUGUACACAUGCAGCUUCGAGCACUGAAAAAGCAAAGGAAGCACUAGGUGUUAAGUUAGCAUAAUUCUAUGAAGCUUUAAUUUUCCUUUUCUGUUGUUUUAAAAGGAAGGGUUUUAUAUAUUCUAUUGUAAAAUGUGGGCGUUAAACAGGGACUUUUAAAAGCUGCACUGAAUGAUCACGUUCUGAUGGUGUAAUGAGCUUCUCUGACAUUUUGCAUAGAUUUAUGUUCUGCAGAAAAUCAGUGGUCUGUGAACUAGACUGAUUCUGUUGUGUUGAAUUUGUAAUGAGUGAUGCUGAACUUCCUGCUUUCCAGCAGCUCAACCCUGACCAUGUUGAACUACCUGACACCAGAUGAAUGUCAGGAAUCCCAUACCACUAGUGCCAAAGGGUCACACUGAAAAGUCCAGAGUAUUUCUUUUAUUUGUCAGAAUAGAAUAAUUUGCCCCCCAACCCUCAUGUCAGUGUUUUGCACUUUGGAAAAAUUUAAGGCUACUGUUUUUUAGCACCAUUCCUGAGUCAUUUUUGCCUUUUAAAAUAACUGUUACUUUCUUGUGAAAUGGAAUAAAUCAUAAAAGAGAGGAAGAAGACUAGAUAAAAAAUGUAAAAUGUUGACAGGUUCCAUAAAAGCUUUUACACGUAAAUGUAUCGGGAGCUUCCAAUUAUCACACACAAACUGUCAAUGGCUAAGACUUGCUUAUAUUUUGCUGUAUAGAAGUAGUCAUAGCAUGUAAUUGCCUUAUGUAAAUAAAAAGGCUAUUUGUUAAGUUUUCCAAUAUUUAUUAAUCUGUAUGUGUUUUAAAAUAAAAUAACUUAUUUCUAGCUGAA